UCCAGUUAUGGGCAGCUUGGGGACGGCUCAGUACAGGACGGUAGUAGCGGCAUGCAACAGCUUCAACAGCAGGAGUCGCAGUCAUUUCUCAGCGUCAUGUCCACUACAGCCUCUUGUGUUAGUUCUCCGUCGGCUGUCCUGGCUGCUUCCAAGAACACGGACGCUGCCGUGGCACAGAUUCUCAAGAACAUCAGCAACAGUAUGGCUGAGAGUAGUGGCAUGUUGGCGGACAACUCGGACAUGGUCACGUCCCGGGCAGUCUUUGGCAACACUUCUUUGGAUAGCCACGUAGAUCGGACUCACGUAUACCAACCUUUUCAGGGAUACCCUUCGUCUUUUUCCAAAUCCUUUAAGGACUCAAUCAAACAGGAUGUUAUGCUUUCAUCCACCGUGGAUUCUGACAUGAACCAUUUGUCCGCUUAUCACAGUGACCCACUGGCCAGAGACGAGGUGCCUUAUUCACUUAAACCUGGCAGGUUACACGUAGAUGGCCAGAACAACAAACGACGUCUGUCUGCAGACUUGGAGUCUCAUCGCACAAGUUCCUGUUUCUUAUAUAAACCCCACUCGGGCAUCAGUCCUCAUUCGAUGCUGGUUAGUCCCCUAGAAGUGGAGGGUUUGAUCCCAGGUCGUACGCGAGUCCGCAGCAAGUCUGGGGAUAUAAAUUAUAAAUACGUGCGGUCUAAAAGUGUGGAUCACUCCCCGAUGCGUCCACGAAGUUUCACGGAAGACUCACUGUUCCGAUCCAACAAAAGAAUUGAUGGGACAUUUAUCAAAGGAGGGAAAAUAUCUACACCCGAGCAAGACCUCUUCUCUCGCUCCGAUGGUGCCGGAGUGUUCCGAAAUCCCAGUUCUCUGCCAACAUCUCUGAAGAUUAAACGGAAGCACCGACCAGCACCUCUUUACAUCCCUCCACAGUUUGGCAUCUUCCAGAGCCGGCUGCGUUCUCCGCGGGUCAUCGGAAGGGAAGGCCAUUUAUCAACAGAGCGGGGGCGAGGACACACACCUCCUCCGUACACGCCACCACCCAUGUUGAGCCCGUUCAGAAGCGGGUCCGGAUUGUUCUGCACGCUACAGUCCACCCAGCCACAGACCCCCAGGUCGGCUCCAGUGACCGGGCGGGUUUUGCUCAGUCAGCGAGGAAGUUUUGGUAGUGGAAGACUAGACUUGAGUUUCAACCUCGCCCCCGACCAGACUACAGAUGAUGAUGUUCCCGAAACAGAUACCACAGCACAUAUCAAUGUUGGUGCAGACUACCAAGCUGUGCUUCCUGAACUUAGAGUUCGGUCUUGGACGGAAGCCAGCGAUGUAGUGGAUGACAGGAGAGCCCUGCUGUGGGAGCCAUCCUCUCAGAGAGAUAAUACAGACAGCCAGAUGCAAUGCUACCAGGAUUUCUCCUGCACGGCUGCAGUCAGGGGCAAUGGUUGCAACGUGGAGUAUGCUCUACACCUGCUUCACCUGGCCAACGGUGACAUCAGUGAAGCCAUGUUGAUGCUGAUGGCAGACCCUCCAAUGCUUCCUGUUGGUCAUCCCAUGCUGGACUACAAGUAUCAGGAAUCUGAUUCUUGGAACUCUAAUGAGAUGGAGAGGUUUUACAGAUCAAUCAUGAUCCAUGAUAAGGACUUUUUCAAAGUUUCCAAAGAUGUGGGGACAAAGUCUGUGAAGCAGUGUGUACAGUUUUACUACGUGUGGAAGAAGGUGUGCCCUGACGACUACCGCCGCCUUCGAUCCGGUCGUGGCAAACAGAAUGACUACAACACCCGGCGGAGCGCAGUGAAGACCACAUCAACAGCACCGACAGAGAAGGUAUCACAGGUGCCGGUAGUCAGUGAGUCCCAGGUUCUCCUGGCCGGUGUGGCUGCAGUGGAAGGAGUGGAGGAAAAUGUGGAGUCUGUGGAUUCUGACAAUACCAGCCUGCUGUCAGACAAUGAUGAAACCAGCAUGGCUCCAGAUUCAGUACAGAGCAGUGCUGCCAACACAGCCUGUUCAACCCCUACCAGAGUGGAGUCACCCACACCCUUACCUCCACCACAGUUUACCUGCACAUUUGAGGGCUGUCAUGUGACAUGUUCCUCCAAGCAGAGCCUGAAGAGGCACCAACGCAAGCACCUGGACAAACCCCCUCAGUCCAGCCCGAGCGUUCCCAGGAAGCCGAGACCCACCACACCCAGCCGGUCCCCGGUCUACGACCAGUUUGGGGAAGAGGUGUUUCCCUGUCGUAUUUGUGGCAGGGUGUUUGCUAAAGUGAAGAGCCGCAGUGCCCACAUGAAGAGCCACAAAAUUGCAGAACAAGCUCAGCAAGAGAAAAAGGCAGCAGAGAUGGCCAUUGCUAGUCAGGCAUUUGCUAAUGCGUGA